AUGGAGAAAGGCCAUGGCAAAGGCGGCGCCCAUAUCUUGAUCAUCCCAUUCCCAGCUGCGGGCCAUCUUCUUCCCCAUUUGGACCUAACCAACCAGCUCCUCCUCCGUGGCCUGACAGCGACUGUCGUAGUCACACCUGAAAUGCUUCAUUAUCUUAACACUAUUCUUUCUUUACACUCUCCCAACAUUCAACCGCUAGUCCUUCCUUUCCCAACUCACUCCCCCAUCCUUGUCGGAGUUGAGAACAUUGAAAAUGUCACCAUACACUUGCUUCCCCACAUGGUGACUGCUUUUAGUGAACUUCAUGAUCCUUUGGUUGACUGGUUUCGGAGUCACCCGUCGCCUCCAGUGGCUAUUAUCACUGAUUUGUUCCUUUGUUGUUGGGUCAAUAAGCUAGCGUCUCAUCUCAACAUCCCCAACAUUGGGUUCAGUGCUCUUAACGCAAAUACAGUGUUGUCAUGGUUUAUAUAUGGUAAAGACCCUGCUGUUAGCUUGCCUGGAGAGAUUUUUAUUGGGUGUAUGCAGAGCUGGGGGAUCAUCUUCAACACGUUUAGAGAAUUGGAUGGUGAAAAAAUGAAUUUCAUCAAGGAAGAUUUCAUCAAACACGAUAGGCUUUGGGCCGUGGGGCCUUUGCCACGGAUCAAUAAAGCUCCGAACAUGGUACAUAGUGAGAAAGAUCAGAGACCAAGUUCCACUCUCCAUGAUCAAGUAAUAGCAUGGCUUGACUCUUGUGAUGUUGAUAAGUCUGUUGUUUAUGUGGGGUUCGGAACUCAAAUCAGCUUGAGCAACGAGCAAAUGGAGGCAGUGGCCUCCGCAUUGGAGACGAGUGGAGUCCGUUUCAUUUGGACUGUCAAGAUUCCAUCGAACGGGGACAACCAAAGCCUGGUUAUUCCCAAAGGGUUUGAAGAUCGAGUGGCUGGGAGGGGGCUGGUAAUCAAAGGUUGGGCACCUCAAGUUGCGAUCCUGGGACAUCGUGCGGUUGGUUCUUACUUGACUCAUUGCGGAUGGAACUCAACCCUGGAAGGGAUCCUUGGUGGAGUACUGUUGCUUGCUUGGCCAAUGCAAGCUGACCACUUUAACAACACCAAGCUACUUGUCGAUGAAUUAGGAGCUGCAAUCAAAGUUUGUGAGGGUUUAGAGACUGUCCCUGAUGCAACCAAACUGGCUCAAAUCCUGGCUGAUUCGGUGAAAACAGCACGGCCAGAGAGAAUUCAAGCCAUGAAGUUGCAGCGAUCUGCCUUGGAUGCCAUCAAAGAAGGUGGGAGUUCCUAUAAAUCUCUUGAUGUACUGGCAGAAGAAUUAUCUUGCUUAAGUACUUAGUACAUGUACUUAGUACAACAAAAUAAAUCUAAAAGCAAAAAAAAAAAAAAAUCUAAUCCCUAGGAACUAUAGUUUCUUUCGG